AUGGCAGUGGAUUUGGAGGAAAUUAAAUCUGCAGUUUGGGAAUGUGGCGCUGAUAAAAGUCCAGGUCCCGACGGUUAUAACUUUCGAUUUAUUAAGGAAUUUUGGGAAUUGUUGAAAGAUGACAUUUUGAAAGCAGUUACGUUGAAAGGAGUAUUGGUUAGUUUGAUUGACGAAAAUCAAUCAAACUUUCUUGGGGGUCGCAGUAUGCUUGAUGGGGUUGUAGUAGCAAAUGAAAUAAUCCAUGAUGCGAAGUUGAGGAAAAAGGGGACUUUGGUGUUCAAAGCUGAUUUCGAAAAGGCUUACGAUACGGUGGAUUGGAGCUUUUUGAGGUACAUGAUGUUCAGAAUGAACUUUUGUGAAAAGUGGAUUAAUUGGAUCAUGAAUUGUAUAUCAUCUGCUUCUGUCUCCGUUAUGGUAAAUGGAAGUCCUACUACUGAGUUUGCUAUGGGAAAAGGGGGUGAGGCAAGGCGACCCGAUAGUUGCAUGGGGGUUGAAGUUGGGGAGAAUCAGGCCUUACUUUAUGCAUCUAUGUUGAAUUGUAAGACCAUGACUUUGCCUUUCACAUACUUAGGAAUCCCUAUUGGUGGCAAUCCGAGAAGAUGUGCUCUGUGGCAACCUGUAAUUCGCAAAAUCAAAAACAGGUUCUCGGCAUGGAAACAGAAAACAUUGUCAUUUGGGGGCAGGAUCUGUCUUGUUCAAAGUAUCCUUUCAGCUCUACCUCUAUUUUUCUUGUCCUUUUUUCGGAUUCCUAAAGGAGUUGUCAAGGAGGCAACUAGGCUCAUGAGAAGGUUUCUAUGGGGAGGCGUUGAUGAUGAUUCACGUAAAAUUUCUUGGAUUAAAUGGGAGGAUAUCUGCAUAUCUAAGCUUGAUGGUGGAUUGGGGAUUAAAAAUUGGGAUACUUUUAAUAGAGCAUUAUUGGGUAAGUGGCGGUGGAAACUGUUGAAUGAUAAAUCAGGACUGUGCAGUAGAAUAAUCUGGGCUAAAUAUGGAGACAGAACUACACAAGGAGAAUUGGAUGUAAGGACCAAAGAUUCAGUAUGGUGGAAAGACUUAUUUUCUGUUUGCUUUGACGAAUUGGGGGGGAAUUGGUUUAGAGAUGGAAUGCAGCGACGGAUUGGGGAAGGUGCAGGAGAUUGCAGGAGGCACUUCUUACAAUUUGCUCUCCCUGAUUUAUGUGGCAAUCGGAAUGAUUUGUUGAAAGUUAUUUGGGGUGCGUGUGUUUGGUCUCUGUGGUGCUGCAGGAACAAUGCUAUAUUCAGAGGACAUGUUGAUGUUGAUUUGCUGCUAAAUUUGGUCCAAGUUCGAUCUUGGAAAUGGCUUUCAGCGAGGUGCCCCGGCUUUAAUCAAUCACUGUUCGAAUGGGUUUCUAAUCCAGUGAUGUAUUUGGCCUUCUCUUAUGUAAGGAUGAUGGUGAAUUCUCUGUCAUAUAAUUGCUAUUCUUAUGAUGCCAUGCUGGUGUAA